AUAGCGGUCAAUCAGGUCUGUUCCAUCAUAUACCCUUCAGGAACUACUGGGAAUCCAAAGGUUAGGAAAGUGGUCAAUCAGGGCUGUUCCAUCAUAUACCCUUCAGGAACUACUGGAAAUCCAAAGGUAAGAGAUAUGGUCAACCAGGCCUUUACCAUUAUACACACUUCAGGAACUUCAUGGGAAUUCCAAGGUAAGGUAAAGGUCAACCAGGCCUUUACCAUUAUACACACUUUAAGAACUACUGGAAAUCCCAUGGUUAGGAUAGGGGUCAACCAGGUCUAUACCAUAAUAUACACUUCAGGAACUACUGGGAAUCCCAAGGUUAGAAUAGCGGUCAACCAGGUCUGUUUCAUCAUAUACACUUCAGGAACUACUGGGAAUCCCAAGGGAGUUAUGUUGUCUCAUGAUAAUCUAACAUUUACUGCUAAACUUGCAACAUCGAUUCACAAGUUUGAUAUAAGGAAAACUCGUAUUUUGAGCUACCUUCCCUUGAGUCACGUGGCAGCAUAUAUGGUUGAUAUCUUUGCUCCUAUGGCUGUCCAAGGAACAACUUUCUUCGCUGAUAAAGAUGCACUCAAGGGAACUUUGAAGGAUAAUCUUCUUUGGUGUAGACCAACACAGUUCUUGGGAGUUCCUAGGGUCUGGGAGAAGAUAAUGGAGGGUAUGCUGAAUGCUGGAAGGGGGGCUACAGGAUUGAAGAAAAACAUUGGCAUAGAGGCAAAGAAAGCUGGACUGAAGUAUCAUCUAGAGGGUGAGGGGGAAGGAAAAUAUAAGAUAAUGCAGAAAGUUGUCUAUUGCAAGGUGAGUAUAAAAAAAAAAUAAUUCUUUUCAUAAUUUAAUUUAUUUGAUAUUGUGUUUUUCUUUGUAAAUAAAUGUAAAAUGUAUAGUCUUUUACAUCAUCUAUAAUAUUGCUUGUCAAGGUGUCCGUGUGUAUCCUUAAAAACGACGAUCGAGUCCUAUUUUUUGUGGAACCACACAUGACCCCAGUGAAUGUUUAUGGAUAAUCAGAAUUUAAAAAAUAAAUGCCUUUAAAAAAAUAGUUUUUACAAAAUCCACGCGAACCAUCGAUAAAUCCACAAAAUGUUUAUGUUUUCGUUUGAUAAUUUAGGCAGAAAAAAUGCCGCAGAUAGAGAAACUAUUAAAAUUUAAAAUCGAAAAUUGGACCAGCUGCGAAGCCAAGUCA